AUGCGCACUCACUGCUGCUUUGUGUGUGCCUUGCUGGUGGAGGGGAGGGGCGUGGGGUCAACACCGACGCUCCCUCACGCUUCUCCCCUGUGGCCGUGCAGGGACGCACACAGGAGGCUGGGAGGAGGGCUGCUGGGAGGAGUCACCUGGUAUCCCUCUCAGCAGGUGCAGGUAUCCCUCUCAGGUGCAGGUAUCCCUCUCAGGUGCAGGUAUCCCUCUCAGGUGCAGGUAUCCCUCUCAGGUGCAGGUAUCCCUCUCAGGUGCAGGUAUCCCUCUCAGGUGCAGGUAUCCCUCUCAGGUGCAGGUAUCCCUCUCAGGUGCAGGUAUCCCUCUCAGGUGCAGGUAUCCCUCUCAGGUGCAGGUAUCCCUCUCAGGUGCAGGUAUCCCUCUCAGGUGCAGGUAUCCCUCUCAGGUGCAGGUAUCCCUCUCAGGUGCAGGUAUCCCUCUCACGUGCAGGUAUCCCUCUCAGGUAUGCAGGUAUCCCUCUCAGGUGCAGGUAUCCCUCUCAGGUGCAGGUGCAGAUAUCCCUCUCAGGUGCAGGUAUCCCUCUCAGGUGCAGGUAUCCCUCUCAGGUAUGCAGGUCCCCUUGGGUUUGUUGCGUGUGGUCGUGCCUCCCCAGUGGCCCCUUCUUCCUUCCUCCACGCAUGGCACUCACUGCUCUCUCACUUGUGCUUGGGGCCUUUCCUUGCAAUCCCACUCACCACUGCUCUCUCUGUGCCUUGCUGGAGGGGAGGGGCGUGGGGUCAACACCGACGCUCCCUCACGCCUCUGCCCUGUGGCCGUGCAGGUGCUUGUGGGGACGGGAGGGAAACAGCGCAGCAGCAGAUUGAAGUCGCCGCCCUGAGAGAGAGUAUGGGGCUGGGCAUGGCCUCUCAAGGUACGUUACCUUCCUCCUUGCCGGUUCUUUCUCGCUCAUCCUUCUCUAUCCCUCUUGCCUGUCUUCACUCUCUUGCCUCCUUCCCUCUCUCCGCUCUGCCCCCCCCCGCCAGAUUACUUGGCGUGCAGCAGAGGAGGCUGAGUGGUGGAGACAGGAGGGAGGCAGCACUGCAGCGUAUUGCAAUCGCCGCCACGAGGGAGAGUAUGGGGAUGGGCGUGGCCUCUCAAGGUGAGCCCUUUGCCUGCUCUUCCGCACUGGACUCGCGUUCUGCUGGAAGCCUGUGGAUGCUCAUCCUUCUCCUGUCCCUUGCUCCCUGCGCCCCUCCCACCGCCUCCCUCGCAGCGCCCAGUGCAAUCAUGGCUGCAGCAGGGAGGAAGGGGGCAGCAGGAGGGCAGCAGGAGGGUAGCAGGAGGGUAGCAGGAGGCAGUAAUCCAUUCACCCCCUGCACAUCGUUCUUUCACUUUCUUUUGACUUCUCUCUCGCUUUACUCACUCGCCUAUGUUCUUUUCCUCAUUUCCCUUCCCACAUCUCUGCUCCCCCUUCACACCUCCGUCCUCUUCUCCCCCACCUCCGUCCCUCGUCCCUUCCUCUCUCUGUCCCAAUCUGCAACCCUCUCAUCCCAGCAGGUCGCUUACACGGGAGUGGCAGUGGCGGGGGACAUGGAGUGCACAGGCAGCACCUGCUCUCCACCCAACCUUCACACAGCUAAUCACUCACUCUUUCUCCGUGGGCCAUUGCAGGUGGAGGGGAGGGGCGUGGGUGUCAACGGCGCCACUCCUGCACGCCCCUCCCCCGCUGGCCCUGCACGUACCCACGGGGAUGGGGAGGAGGCAGCAUUGCAGCCGACUGAAAUAGUCCUGAGGGUGGGAGCACAGGAGAAGGGGCGGGAGAGUGGAGACACCCUCUCACACACCUCCUCCUCUCUCCCUUUUCCCCAGCCGUCCCAGCAGCACCCUACCUGGACCACAGUGGAGUCCCGCACUUCCUCUAAUCCCCCACUCCCCACUUUCCAGCAGCCUCACCAUCAUGGCGCUCUGCAUGGCUCUGGUAGGUACAGGUAG